UCAGUUUUAAGUCUAAUCUAAUCCUAUUUCUACCACAGCAACAACAGUUGAGGCACACGCCAUACCACGAUUUCGCCACUGUGAAUAAAAAAUGCAAAAUAGUCUCUACUCGGCCUAAGCCAAUUGACGUGGUUUGCACGUUGCAAGCCGCAGUGAUUUAACAUAGCAAUACACGGAUACUAGCAAUAAGGACAAGUGAUGGGAAAUGCUGUACGUAGGGUCGAUAAAUUGAAAGUAAGAAUGUUACCAACAAUUAUCGCACCCAAAGGCCCAGUGCUUGUGGAUGAAAGGAUUCAGAUUAAAGUUAAAAAUUUGAGCCCAUUUCGAAGUGUCACUUUGCGCGUUGAACUCAAUUCUAAAAAAUCAGAGAUUUUUGAAUCUUAUGGACACUACAUAGCAGACAAAGAUGGAGAGCUAGAUUUGUCACGAGAUUCUUCUUUUGGAGGUACCUAUAAAGGCAUCGACAACAUGGGUUUAUUUUGGAGCAUGUUAGCAGUACCAGGCCAAAGAAAAGGGGCCAGGUUUAUUGCAGAAAAUGUCACUAAACCGAUGGAAUUUAGGAUUUUCUUGUUUGACAGGCAUGUUAUGUCUCAAGGGAAUGCAGAUAACCCGAAGCAAGCCGUGGAAAAGCUUCCUGAGCCUUUAGCAGAAACGAAAAUUUUACGAACAUAUCUGGCUGAUCACGUGGAACGCAAGGAGAUCAGUGUUGGCCGAAUAAGGGGAACGCUGUUUGUUCCAAAGGGAAACAGAAAAUUUCCAGGUGUCAUUGACAUGUUUGGGAUCCAAGGGGGUCUGAUUGAGGCUAGAGCAGCCAUUUUGGCAUCUCAUGGAUUUGUCACGUUUGCGUUGGCCUAUUUUGGAUACAAAGAUCUGCCUAAAACCCUGAACAACAUUGAUUUGGAGUAUUUCACCGAGGCUGUUAAAUGGUUUGCAAGUCAUGAAAGGGUUUAUUCGUCUGGCAUCGGAUAUAUUGGUGCGUCAGCUGGUGGUCAGAUUGCUUUGAAUGUUGGUGCAGUAUGUCCCCUUGUAAGGGCAAUUGUUGCUAUUUCUACGCCCUAUUUAAUGUUUUUUCCACUUAAAUAUAAGGGAGAAUCUAGAGGUCUGAUUGAAGGACUCAAACGAGAGUAUUGUCAUAUAAAUGAAAAGAAUGAAGUUGUUUCUAUAGAAGAUAACAAUUUUGACCCAGGGAAGAUUCAAAACAUGGAGAUUCCAGUUGAGAAGAUCGAGGGGAAAAUCAUGUUGGUUACAGGGGAUGAUGACAAGUGUCCUAAUACCUCAGAACAUGCAAGAAAAAUGCAAAGAAGGCUUCAUGAGCAUGGCAAAAAACCUGCAACUAUUUAUCAUUAUCCUGGCACUGGACAUUUAAUCGAGGUUCCUUAUAUGCCAAUUUGUCGUAUUGCUUACUUUCCAAUUUAUAAACUUUAUGUUUUAUUGGGAGGAAAUUUAAUUGAGCAUUCUGUAGCACAGGAGCAUGCAUGGAGAGCUAUAAAAAGUUUUCUCCUGGAAAAUGUUCGAGAUGUGUCUAGUAAUUUAUGAUUAUUAUUAUAUCAAUAGAAUUGGAAUCAUACAAGUUUUGUAGGAAAUUUUGCAGUUGCGAGGGCGAAGUUGGAGUCUUGCAGUUGAAAGUGGAUGCUCUGAUUUUUGUGUAGUUGAUUGGGGGGGGGGGGGCUCGGGUGAAGUUCGCACUGUAAUGAAACAGCUAUGGAAAUUUUUAAAUGCUUUUUAAACGCUUAUUCAUAAUUUUUGUUUACCAAAUUUAUUUAAUUUAAUAUACAAUCAUAGACAAAAUAUACAAUUAUAAUUCUAUUGUUUUGAACCUAGUACCUAUCUAUUCAAAUUACUUAAGAUAAUAUAAGGACUUGCACAUGCAAAAUGUUACGAUUCAAAUUCAAUGAAACAAAUUUCUUUUAGUCAAAUGUGACAUCGUAGAAUUUAACAAUAAUCUUUUGGUGAUACACAACUUGAAAAUGGCUUUUAAAAAAGCAAAAAUUUGGGUAAUCUCAAGCUUUUCGUCUGACACUUUCAGAGUUUAAAAUAUCAGAACAUAAAUCGAAAACUCUACGCUAGGAAAUAUAUAUACCCAGUUGUGGAUCGAAAUAGGCCAAUCAGAAACACGAGCACAUGACUGUUAAGGUUGACCAAUCAGUGCCGCUUGCCUAUUGAGAAUGUUACCAAUGGAGUCCUAAGGUGAAAACAAACUCCUUUUGUCUACACAAUAGCGGUUUUUUCGUGCUUAUGUAGAUAUAUUCCAAAACUCCUAGAUGGAACGACGAUCGGGCUUUACCAAUUAUCCGAAACAUGUCGCUAUUAUAGUUUUUUGCACAAUCUGUGUUUUCCAGUAAAUGCUGCCCGACAGCAGAAUCGCAGAUUUUAGUUGUACUUUAGACAUUUUUUAGACAUAUUUCAGUUUUAGUCGUACUUUUAGAUCUGCAAGACCGAGGUGGCUGUUCUCUUUGGGGAUGAGUUUUGUUUCUAAUGCUCGACGGAACAUGUUGUUUUAUUCUAACUUCCAACCAAAAGGACUUCGUUUUUACCUUAGGAAUCCAUUGGUAACAUUCUCAAUAGGCAAGCGGCACUGAUUGGUCAACCUCUACAGUAUAUGCGCGCCUUCUCAUUGGCCUAUUUCGAUCCACAACUGGGUAUAUAUAUUUCCUAGCGUAGAGUUUUUGAUCUAUGUUUUGACGUUUUAAACUCUGAAGAGUGUCAGACGAAAAGCUCUAGUUUACCCAAAUGUUUGCUUUAGCAAAUUUAACAAUAGAUAGAAAAAUAAAGGUUUUUUGAAUUUGGUAAGGCAAGAAACAUUUUUAACAUUGAACUUUAUAUUUGUACAAUCUCUAUAGAGUCCUCUUGAUUUAUUCAAAUUGAUUACGUAAUAUAAGCUUUAAAUAGAUGUUGAAAA